AUGAAUUUAGGUGUUCCAGCAAACGCACUGUUGUUGUUUCGUGCUUGUGAUGAAGGAGACUACGAAACUGCUCGAGGGAUUCUUGAUCCCGGGGUGAAAGAGUCCGGGAGGCAAAGCAGACUGCGGUCAGAAGCGGGAUCGGAAUGCAAUGUUGUGGACAUCACCCGGGGACUCUCGCUGGUGCCAGUGGAUUGCACAGAUGAAGAGGGCAACACGGCGUUGCAGUUCGCCUCGGCGAGUGGACAUGAGAAUCUGGUCCGAUUUCUACUGCGGAAGGGGGCUUCGGUGGACAGCCGUAACAACUAUGGCUGGACGCCUCUCAUGCAGGCUACAAGGUGUGGUUGCUACCAGUUUAUGUGCUCAUGACAUUGGUUAAUAACGUAUACAGAUGUUAAAUGGGUGUGUCCCCGAUCAAAAUGUUAUAAUUGUAUUAUAAUAUAUGCACAACACAGAAGAUUGUGCAUGAUAAAUAAAACAAUCCAUACUAGGCAGGGGUGAGUUUCCAUAAAGAUCAUCUUAAAGGUAGACUCAGCGAAAUGACGUUGCCACGAGCAGCACCGCAGAUAUUGGGUGUGUUCGAGCAGUAAUGGUUGGUUCUACAUUUACAUAAUGUACCUGGAGGGAAAUGGGGGAGGGUCAUGCUUUUUCAAUUUCAGUCAAGGGGAGGGUUGAGUAUUUUUUUAAAUCUAGUCCAGGGGAGGGUCAUGUAAUUGGUAAUUGAUGAAAUUUCAAUAUUUCGCAGUGUUUUAAAAUUAGUUGCUUAGUAGACUAUAUAUCAGUGUGUGCCUGAUACAGCCCCUCAUCUCUGAUUCUCCACUGGGCGUGCAAUAUCAAGUGUGCCUAUAGGCUAUUUAGUGUGGUCUCAAUCAAAUGAUCCAUAGCUGGUCGGGAAGAUGGCGGAAACUAAGGUUUUGUUUGAAACUGCUAGUGAGUCGGGUUAAGAUAAUAGUACAGAAAGUGAGAAUUCGUGGGUUACCGUGGCGAAGAAAAAGCUAAACGAGAAGUAAAGCUGUGGUGGAAAAUAGGAAACCACUAGACUCGUUUUUAGUCUGAGUGAGGGUUUGGAUCAAUGCUACUUGGGAAAUCCUUUCAACGUCUCAAGGAAAAUCUGGAAUGUGUGGAGUCGGUGAGGGUCACAAGAAGUGGUCUUAUUUAGAUUUUUUGUGUGUCUGCGGAGCAGAAGAAGUAUGUUUUGACUCAAAAAGAUAUCGGAGUGGAAUGUUUCCUGCAUGGAUUUUCGUAGCAGGGCGCCUAUCAAGGGGGUUAUUUCUGAGUUGGCGCAAGAAAUAAAAGCAGAAGAUAUUACUGAAGGUAUCGAUGGAGUGGUUGGUGCAUGCCGACUGGCCUGUAUGGUGGAUGGAGAAAAUAAAUUCACUUAAUCCAUGCUACUGUUCUUUGAUGAAGAGUUUCUCCCUUCUCAUAUAAAGUUAGGAUUAAUGAGAUACCCUGUAAGAGCCUUUGUGCACAAGCCCCUUCAGUGUCAUAAAUGUAAAAUAUUUGGUCAUGUGUCAAGUGUGUGCAGAAGGGAAGAGUAUCAUAUGCCAAGUGAAAUGCUACAACCGUGGAGGUGAACAUGCACCUGAAUUCCUGGAGUGCCCUGUUCGGGUGAAGGAGAAUGAGGUGGCAAGGGUAAGGAGUGUCCAGCUUGUCUCCUAUCUGGAGGUGGUGAGAACAUUGGAAGGAACGAGUGGCGGGGAAGAAACAAUGGUAGUAGAGCCACCACGACCAGUGAAGAUUUCUCAUCAACCAAGGGAUAGUGAAAUGCUACAUGUUAAAAAGGUGGACUUUGUUUUAUUUAUUGCAAUGUUUUUUAAUUUUUUUUAUUCAAUACCUCGUCCAGCUGGUGGCGGUAAUGCACCAUUAACAUUGGAUGCCAACCGCCGUUAAAACCCAUCGAAGAAGAUGAGCCAUAGUUUAUAGGCUAUAGGCUACCAAGUGCAUGCUCAGAGAAGCACAGAGCAAAGUUAUAUUUCUAAGAUAGCAGCUGGGAUGGUGUAAAUAAAACUAGGCUGCAUUACACACUGAAAUUGAUAUUCCAACCCUGAGCCCCGGCCUGCUCUGCUCUUGCUUAUCAAAAACGUUUUUGUGUGCUACCUAACCAAUGGCUGUGCUUUGUAGGCGGUGCCAGUUCAGGAGGAGAGUCAAAGGAUUCUUCCAAAAAUAAUUUUGGAUUAGCCUAGUGCUAAAAACUUUGCGUGGACUAGCCUAUAGCGUAUGUUCUGUUCCGUUGGAGAGAUCACAUUUGAUAGCUUACUACUACUAUAAUUGAUUUUAUUAUGUUUCUUGCCCAUGAUGUAGUCCUGUUUUAUCAUAGUUAUUGACCUCACAAUAAGACAGAUUCGAGUAACUUACGUUGUGGUUCUGAAACUUGAAGCAGCAGCCGCGGCACCAUCAAUCGGAAAUGGACAACUCAUGGUGCUGAAAGUAGGCUCGCGCUUCAAUGGUCUUAGUUGUUGCGGAAAUUGAUCCACAAUUAUAUGUUUACUUAGAACUGCAUCUAUGUCAUAUUGCUGAGUCUACCUUUAAAGAGAUAGAUCAUCUUAAUGAUAAGAACCAUAUGCUCUCCUCGGUUUUGACUAGAUGGUAUACAGUUUCCCAGAAUUGACUUUUCGUAGCAGGUUAGGAUAAUUAAUGUGGCAUGUUAGGAGAAUUAGGUUAAGGUUACAAAAAAUGGUUAUCAAAAAUUCAAUUUGUUUCAACUUUUGAUGUCAAUUUGACAUAAGCUGUAUCUCAUCUAGACAUGACCACUCUCCUCUCUCCUAACACUUCCUGGUCACCUGUGUACCAUGUGACCUAUGACCCCAUGUGAGAGUGCCCCUAGUCUUCAAAACAUUAAGCAUUAACAUCAUUGUGCGUCCAUUGCCUACCAAUGGACUUAAGAUGAUCUUAGUACGUUUUUGGAAAUCUUUGGACAGUUCCAUGACAUUGUCUUGUCGUCCACUAGGUUUGGCCAUCUAAAUGUGGCCCACAUCCUGCUGGAGAACGGGGCGGAGAUGAACGGCAGGAACCGGAUGGGGGCCAGCGUGUUGACUAUGGCGGCCAGAGGCGGUCACACCCACGUGGCCAAGCUUCUCCUGGAGAGCGGCGCCUACGUCGAUGACUACGACCACCUGGCACUCGCCGAGGGCAUCACCAACGGCAACAACAGCGUCGGAGGCGAGGGCGGAAGGGAGUUCAUGGAUAUCACGGCACUCCUUGCUGCCUCACAGCAUGGCCACGAGGCAUCCGUUCGCCUGCUCCUGGAGUGGGGGGCGGAGGUGAACUUUUCCCAGAAGACCACGGGUUGGGGUGCCCUCAUGCUGGCCACGCUGAGUGGGAAGGUGGGCGUGGCCCAGCAGCUGGUGGAGCGGGGGGCGGACCCUGACCAGGUCAACGUGCUGGCCAAGACUGCCUUCGAGUUGUCGCUGCAGCUCAAGCAGAGGGAUGUCAAGGCCUACCUGGACUCCAUCACCACCGUGCGCCCACAGCCAGGUAUGGAACAGCCACGAGUUCACUUCUCUGUCCAGGUGUAACGAAGGUGGUUUGGUGAACCACACUAAUGUGAUGAGUAACCCAGCCUGAAACCCGAAGACUUGCGUUAGCUUUCCAAGCUAACGUCUAGGCUUUAGCUUGGCGGGCUAACACAGUCAUGUGACAUGUAUGAGACCCGAAUUUGAACCCUGGUCGGUUGCACACUGUCGGAAAUCAGUUUUCCAGUAUUUCCAUUACGCCUACUUAGGUGGACUGGAACAGACCCCCGUCUAACUCUGUUACCCCCUUCCCCAAAACCUUUAGGCUAGGUUUCAAUUGGUUUAGGAAAUGUUAUUGUUGGCAAGCCUUGAUGCUGAUUCAGGGAUCUCUGUCCCGCUGAAGAAACAUUCAGGAGAAACACUAAUUUGAUAUGCAGUCAAAUUAGGCCAACAAGGCACAAAGCAGAGUUUUUCUAUUUUUGAUAUGAGUGUCAUUAGUCAAUACACAGAUAAGAUUGCAACAAGUUCAUCUUUGAGACUUAAAGGAAGUCUUCAGCAGAUCUUGUCCUGGUACCUCAUCGGUAGUAGUCUCGAUUGUUGUGAACGUUUUCUAAUUCACUCAAAGCUGUGUAACAUGUUUAUUGUAACACUACAAUUGACACUCAAGUGAAAGUAAAGUAUUGGUCACACCUUGGGUGUCUAAAAGAAAGAGACAUUGUUAGAGUUCCCCCUUUAGACACCUGUUCUCUUUGAUGUGCCUCUUGUGUUUGGCCAGGAAGUACACAGGAGGGGACCUGAAUUUGAAACCUACCCUUGAAAACGUCUGAGCGCUGCAUUUCUUUGACAAAUUGUUGUAAUAGCAGGGCUGCAGAUAGAAAUGUCACGAAUAGAGCUGACAUGAUUCCUUACUCUACAUGUCAGAGAGGCAAGUCUGUUGUACAUCAUAUAUUUAUAUCUGAACGUCCCACAAUGUUGUGGCCUUCUGAACAUAGGUAAUGAAGUGCCACCUUAAAGGGACGGUUCACCCUUAAAUAAAAAAUUUAUUUGGAUCUUUUCUCCCUCAAAUUCCUGUGUAGAUCCUGCGAAAUGCAUUAGGAGAAAUCUGCAGGCCUCCAUUCCAAAUGAAUGGGAAAGAUUGGCACCAUUUAAGCCUAGUAGUUAGAUGGAUAGUGCCAAUAUUUCCCAUUUAAAACAGACACAAGACCACCUUCUGAGCUAUAAUGAAAACAAACUUAGAUUUUGGGGUGAGCUAUCCCUUUAAACAUCUGAAGCUUCCUAGAAUUUGUUCAGACAGUUACCCAUUAUAAUGAGUCAUGACUAUCAAACAGGCAAAGCGUCAAUACAGGACGAAGAUGGAAUCCUACUACACCGGCUCUGAUGCUCGGCGGAUGUGGCAGGGCUUGCAAACUAUUACGGACUACAAAGGGAAACCUAAAUGCCCUUUAUGCUCGCUUUGAGGCAAGCAACACUGAAGCGUGCAUGAGAGCACCAGCUGUUCCGGACGACUGUGUGAUUACACUCUCCGUAGCCGAUGUGAGCAAGACCUUUAAACAGGUCAACAUUCACAAGGCUGCGGGGCCAGACAAAUUACCAGGACGUGUACUCAAAGCAUGCGCGGACCAACUGGCAAUUGUCUUCACUGACAUUUACAACCUCUCCCUGGCCGAGUCUGUAAUACACGACUUUGUGGCCAAGCACGACCCCAACACCAUCAUUAAGUUUGCAGACGACACAAGGCCUGAUCACCAAAACGAUGAGACAGCCUAUAGGGAGGAGGUCAGAGACCUGGCAGGACACUUUACCCCUACCUACAUGUCCAAAUUACCUCGACUAACCUGUACCCCCGCACAUUGACUCGGUACCGGUACCCCCUGUAUAUAGCCUUGUUAGUGUUAUUUUAUUGUGUACUUUUUAUUUUUUACGUUAUUUUAUUUAGUAAAUAUUUUCUUAACUCUAUUUCUUGAACUGCAUUGUUGGUUAAGGGCUUGUAAGUAAGCAUUUUAUGGUAAGGUCUACACAUGUUGUAUUCGGCGCAUGUGACAUAAAACGUGAUUUGAUUUAUUAACUAUAUCUGCCUGUAUAGCUGGAAAGACAACUUAUGUCAUUGGUGUGGUGCAGAUUGUGUACAAUGAAUCUUGCCUUUGAGCCCUAAUAAAAAAUUAACAUAUUUUCUGCAUGCAUCUUCCCUAAUGUUUUGUCAGUUCAAUUGAUAUAACAGAGAUCAAAUUGUAUUUGUCACAUGAGCCGAAUACAACUUAGAGUGAAAUGCUUACUUACAAGCCCUUAACCAACAAUGCAGUUUUACGAAAAAAAAUAAGUGUAAAUAAACAAUUGAUAAGUAAAAAAUAAAAGCAGUAAAAUAACAGUAAAAAUAACAGUAGCGAGGCUAUAUACAGGGGGUACCGGUACAGAGUCAAUGUGCGGGGACACUGCUCAAGUUUUCUCCAUAUCACUACUGCAUUCUUACAAUGCAUACAUUGGUAUUUUAUGCUAUGGUAAGCACAUUAACCUUAACUACAAUUCAGGACGAAAAGGACCAGUCAGUGUUUUGAGUUCCCUCAUCCGUCUCCCUGGCUAGCAGUCAUGUGAUUGUGGUCCACUCUCCUGGUGGUUUUGGACUGAGCUUUGUUGACUCAAGCCUGUACAACUCUCCAGUAUUUCUCCACUCAAGUGUUCCCUGUCUUCUUCUGGUACCCAAUGUGACUGGGUUCAGCAGUAGGGGUAGUGCGUGGUGGUGGUGGUGGUGCUGGGUAACAUAGUUAAUUGUGACCAUGUAGGAUUGUUGCUUUACCCACUGAGAGGUUUUCAGUUCUUAGUACAUUCAUCUUCUGUUCUUUUAACCCUCUCAUAGAUGACGGGAAGAGGAGACCAGAUGUCUUCAGUGCCUUGAAGUUAGGUGAGUUUAGCGGACGCAGACACAUACUAAACAAACAGAGGUUUGCCUUGUGAGAGGACGUAUUGCAUUGUAAGGGGAAAGCUGUCGUAUUGAGUUAUGUCUGCAAGAGUGGGCAUACCACUACCAUGCAUUUACAGUAGGUAAACCAACCAUGAAUGUAGUUCAACCAAAAAGUCAUACCUACACCUUCCCGAAGUAGGGACUGUGAGUUUGAGAGAAUCUAACAUGGCACUGGGCAGUCUUACAUGGUUGCUCAAUGCAGUCUGUCGUAAUUGUAAAACCCUGGGAGGGAAGAAUGUGUGGGGUCUGUGAGGGCUGAAAACAUUUGAAACUUUUGGGUGGAGGCCAGAGACCUUUGUUUCAAUAAGAAUGUAUGUAGCUGGAAUUGAGUGGUCUGUGGUAAUCUUGUGUGUGCGUUCAUACGCAUAUCUGUGUGUGUGUGUUUGCACAUGUACAUGUGUGUGUCCCCCAGGAAACUCCCAGCUGGUGAAGGAGAUCUUGGAGGAAGACCCAUCCCAGGUGAACAUGGCCAACCCGGACGGCGCCUCUCCCCUGAUGAUAGCAGCCGUCAGUGGGCAGCUGGAGGUGGUGCAGCUCCUGCUGGAGAAGAGCGCUGACGUGGACAAACAAGAUGGAGUACACGGCUGGACGGCCCUCAUGCAGGCCACGUACCAUGGGUAAAUAUGUGACGCGUGACCGCCUUUUUGGUUAUACUUUCUUGUUCUACACAGACACAUUCACAAACACACAACGGCUAAAACACAUAUAGAGUCAGGGUGAUUUUGUAAAAGUUGUCUUCUAAUCUAAGCUUUUCUUCUUUCUUACCUGUGCUCAUAGGAAUAAAGAUGUGGUGAAGUAUCUGCUCAGUCAGGGUUCAGAUGUCAACCUGCGAGCCAAGAAUGGAUACACUGCUUUUGACCUGGUCAUGCUGCUGAAUGACCCAGGUAAAGCCACGACACGACCUGCCGCUGCUUCUGUGUGUACUGGUGUAGAUAGUCAGUGUGAAGUGUUAUAAUGCAUUUGCACUGUGAUAUGUGUUAUCAUUGCUACUGCUUAGUACACCUGGUAAACCCAAUGCACCCCAGUCACACUCUGCCAUUUUCUUGGCCACAGACACUGAGCUGGUGAGGUUGUUGGCGUCCGUCUGCAUGCAGGUGGACAAAGACAAGGGAAAACACCGGGGCAGGACUCCCCUCACUGGCUCCAAGAGCAGGCAGUCUCUCAACAACGUCCCCGUACCACCCGAUGACAGAGGAGGACUAAAGGUCAGGCACUGUUUAGAUCAGGGCCAAAUUAAAUCAGAUUUUGGGCUGCAUUUCGCCCGCGGGCCAUAUGUUGUGUACUCUCUGUUUAUUAUCAUAUGACACAUGACUACUGUCUCCUUCCUGUCCAGUCAUGGUGGAACAGGAUGUCUAACAGGUUCCGGAGGCUGAAGCUCACCCACACUCUAAGGCACGGGCUGUCCUCCAACCGCCUGGCCCCCUUCCCAGACGAACCUGAGGUGCCUCUGGACGCCACCAUGAAGGCUGAGAGGAAGAGUGUCACCCCGAGCGGAGCGGUGGCGCUCCCUGCAGCCCCGGGGAGUACUGACAUCAGCACGGCCUGGACAGCCAAGAGCAAAGACAGUGGUGAGACAUAGGGGAAAUAAGACUUUUCCAAAUAACAAUGUUCCAGUUUUUUUUUGGAAGCUGAAUUUUUGUAGUAUUUAUUUUUACAGUAUAGUCAGUUUAGAAUAAGCAAUACUUAAGCUGUCCUACUGAUUGUACAUGGAUUGUUUGUGAGAAAUGGGAAUUGAACAAAGUAUGGUAAAUGUCUGUAAGGGGCAUUUCCUAGAAACCAUCUUGAUUCCCUGAUGUUUUGAAACGGUUCAUUUUUCACAAUGGCCAUAUUCUUCCUGAGAUUUAGUUGAAACAUUCAAUUUUGUGGUCAGUGGCUGAAACAGUUGGGCCUUCAAUACAGGAACAUGAGAGAAUGUCAAGUAUGGUUCUACUAAACUACCUAUUUAUUUAUUUGAAAGUGAAUUUGUAUCUGUUUCAUAGGUCAUGGCAGAACGGGCACAGAAAAGGAUGACUUUCUAAUAACCGCAAUGGUAGGAAUAUUUACAUUUGAAGAGGUUUUGAAUUUAAAUGAAUUAACAAUGAUAAGCCCUGUGGCUACAUUUAAUUGAAACUUCAGUUGACGUUAACAGUGGAGUCCUGUGUAAAACUGCUACACAUUGUGGAUAUUAUUGACAAAACGGUGAAGAUGCUCUGUCUGGGGGCCAUAGCCUAUUUACUGUGCAUGCUACUGAAUAGAUAAUGCAAUGCUGGUGUGAUUGAAUUGAACUUCUACUAAACUUUCAGCUGAGAAAUGGGGCGCCCCUGACCCGUCUGCCCAACGACAAGCUGAAGGCAGUGAUCCCACCCUUUCUGCCCCCGUCGAACUUUGAGCCGUGGAACUCAGACCGCUCCCGGGUCAUCAAAGAGGGCAAGAGCGAAGCCUCACGGCUGCCCAUGCCACAGAGGCCCGGCAAAGCCAACUUCAACAGCAGUGGCAACUCUGACAUCGUGAGUCACGUGUUGUUGAUGAUUUUCAAAAUAUUUUUUUUAAACUGUAAUUGAAAACCACUGAUAAAUUGUGAUUUUGGAGUGAAGAAAAAGUAUUAUUUCCUUGCAUGCUGUGUCACAGACCUCUAUUAGUCGUGUGGUGAGCAGGUCCAUUAAGUUCCCCAGCCUCACCAAGGGCCCCUCAUCCACGUCCCCCUCCAACUCAGGCAACUACCACUCCCCCCACUCCUCAGGGGGCUCCAACGGGGUGGCAGGGCUCAACCGCCAUGGGCCAGACUCUCACAACCGCUCAGGUACAGGCAUAUGAAAACACACUUGGCUAGGUGUCUCACACACACACACACACACACUUUCAGACUAUUAAUCUAUGAGAUUUGAGCAGACAGCUAGUGCUAGUACUACUCAGUGGUAGUGCUACCCCUCAUGGGCUGCGUUUCCUCUCUUCCCCACAGGGGGCAGUUCAGACAGCGUCCUGUCUCAAAUUGCUGCCCAGAGGAAGAGAGCUGCAGGCCUGUUAGAUCCAAAGGCCCAGGCAGCAGAGGUGCCAAGCCCCACCCCUGUGCCUGCUCCUUCCCCCACCGUGCCUGACAUCAGUCUCCCAGACAUCCACAGCACCCCCAGCCUGGUGUCGAGCGACGUCCACUCCAGACGGGUCAGAUAUAAUAUUGAUACAUAGAAAGACAACAUAUUACAAGCCUUGUUAUAAGACAUUUAUAAAGGCUCAUACACGCUUACAACAUAUCAGUGUUAACUAGCAAAACAUGAUCAAAGUGAUUCACACCCAUCUAUUUUCUUUACAGAAAGCUGACCUAAAGAAGAGACCCCAGUCUGGGAACUCCUCCACCUCCAAGAGCACCUCUCCCACCCUGACCCCGUCUCCAUCACCCACCCCCAAGCCUCCCCCGGGGGACUCCCUGUCCUCCGCCUCCUCCCACCCGCGCUCUAAGAGCAGCGGCGGCUCCAGCAGUGGCACCAUCACCGACGAGGGUGAGCCAGUGCAUCUCUGGUUGGUAUGAAUACUUAAAAAACACACCCUUCCUCUGCUUAUCUCUGUUGAUCUCUCACUACACCCAGAUGAGCUGUCCAGUAUCCUGAAGAAACUUUCGUUGGAGAAAUACCAGCCCAUAUUCGAAGAGCAAGAGGUAUGCGUUAUCCUCACUAUAGCUUAAGCCAAUGUGUCUUUGCUACUUAUCCUAAAAUGUUCAUAGCUGUGGUUUAAAUCUCAUGUCAUCCACUCACUCAGUCAAUGUGCAUCCAUUACAGGUGGAUAUGGAGGCCUUCCUUACUCUAACAGAUGGAGAUUUAAAGGAACUGGGGAUUAAGACGGACGGGCCUAGACAGCAAAUACUGGCAGCUAUUUCUGAACUUAAUGCUGGGAAGGUGUGUUUUCAAUAUUUACUCACCCCCCUCUGUGUUCCGUGCCUAUCUAUUUGUUUAUUUCUAUGUGUUUAGUUACCAAAGAGGGAUCACAGCUUGAUACAUCCAAUUUAAAAUGUAUAAAUACAAUGUAUUAUUAUUAUUCACCUGAAUUGUUGCUGCAGGGGAGAGAGAGGCAGAUUUUACAGGAGACCAUCCACAACUUCCAGUCCUCCUUUGGCAGCAGUGCCAGCAACCCCAGACCACCAGGACAUCCACGCUGUGAGUGUUAUGACGUCACACACCCCUAACCAGGAUGUAGGACACAUGGCGUCCGAUUCCAAUAUUACAAGUUAACAUCCCAUCUAUAAACCAAUGUCUCCAACACUUCCUUAAGUUGCUUACAUAGCCUGACUGUAAUUAGUGGGCCUACAUGGUAAUCAUGGCUGUAACUACAUAUGAGGACACAGAGAUCCGGACCUCUGUAAUGUUUUCUAAUAAAGAAUAUAAAAAAUGUGUACACAAUACAGAAAAUAAAUUGAGUCAACAUCUAAAUAUUGCUCCCAGCAUUGAUCAAAGCUCAGAACGCUUAUAUUCUUGAUCUGACUGAGUUCUAACCGUGGCUGCCUCUUUGCGAACGAGUAGAAUCAUGAAGAGUGGUAUGUUCACCUGCGUCCCCCGGAUUUGCCUCCUGGAUGGAUUUGCCUUAUUAGCAGCACAUUCACCACUCUCUCAAACGUCUAGCUUCGCCCUCUUGUGGCACAUGUCGAGGGCCUGAGACGUGAAACGAACCACCCCAGCUCAGUCGGCUAAAUAGAGAUUUAGGCAAAACUAGAGACGCUGCUGACAGUGUGUUUGCGAGAUUGCUGACAAAAUACAAUUUUAAAAACCGUCCCACGACUCCUGCCAUGUCUACAGACAGCCUCCAAACAAACAAAAACCGACUCUCUGAGAAUGAGUGCACAAUUGGUAGUCGCUUAUAGAUAUGUCAGAGACUUCUAUUGCAGUAAUGUAGAAGGGCUCUGGCUAGUAUUACUUUGCCAGCUAGAAGGAUGAAGUAAGAACCUAACGUUACACGGCGCCUACCUCAGCUGGAGCAAAAAAUACGCUACUAAGUUCUCAUAAUAACUUUGCUUUACAGAGAGUAGGCUACUGAGACAGACAGUGAUGUGGCGCUCAGUGGUGAGGCUGAGGCAGGCUGCAGUGCAUGCAGGAGGAAGGGGAGAAGACCUAGGGAGAUGGGAAAUGAGCGGAGAGAGAGAGAGAGGUUAGUACAGUGGUUCCAUGGGGCCCCCUUAGCAAAUCUGUGCUAAUCUUAUCAAACAAGUUAGGAACUUAAAAAACAAUGAUAUGUUUCUAUAUGAGCAUCUCGACAUGGCCUAUCUUCCCUAUAGGCCUACAACCAGCAGUAUACCACCCUGCAUCCCACUGCUGGCUUGCAUCUGAAGCUAAGCAGGGUUGGUCCUGGAUGGGAGACCAGAUGCUGCUGGAAGUGGUAUUGGAGGGCCAGUAGGAGGAACUCUUUCUUCUGGUCGAAUGUUUUUAUUUAUCCCAAUGCCCCAGGGCAGUGAUUUGGGAACAUUGCCCUGUGUAGGGUGCCGUCUUUCGGAUAGGACUGUGGUCACUAAAUAUCCCAUGGCACUUAUCGUAAAAGUAGGGGUGUCCUGGCUAAAUUCCCAAUCUGGCCCUCAUACCAUCAUGGCCAUCUAAUCAUCUCCAGCUUCCAAUUGGCUCAUUCUUCUCCCCUUUAACUAUUCCCAGGCCUCACGAGUGGCGCAGUGGUCUAAGGCACUGCAUCGCAGUGCUUGUGGCAUCACUACAGCCCCGGAUUCUAUCCCAGGCUGUGUCACAACCGGCCGUGACCGGGAGACCCAUGAGGCGGCGCACAAUUGGCACAGCAUCGUCCGGGUUAGGGGAGGGUUUGGCCGGCCGGGAUUUCCUUGUCCUAUCGUGCUCUAGCGACUCCUUGUGGCGGGCCGGGCACUUGCAAGUUGACUUCGGCCGCCAGCUGGAUGGUGUUUCCUCCGACACAUUGGUGCGGCUGCCUUACGGGCUAAGCGAGCAGUGUGUCAAGAAGCAGUGUGGCUUGGCAGGGUCAUGUUUCGGAGGACGCAUGGCCCUCGACCAUCGCCUCUCCCGAGUCUGUAGGGGAGUUACAGUCUUGUCCCAUCGCUGCAACUACCAAUUGGAUAUCACGAAAAAGGGGUAAAAGUUAAAAAAUAUAUAUAUAAUAAUAUUCCCUGGGUCGUUGCUGUAAAUGAGAAUGUGUCCUCAGUCAACUUACUUGGUUCAAUAAAAUAAUUAAAAUGCAAACCAUAGUUCUAAAAAUGUCAUAAGUUUUCGUUUAUAUUGGUGGUUUUUAGUCUUGUCCAUUACCUUUUUUUACCACUACAUCACUGAUAUUAAAAUACAGAAUCGUAAGUAAUAUUCUAAUAAUUCAUGUGAAUGUGAUAAUACAAUCAUCUGUGUGCCCCAUUGAUGUCUGGUUGUGCGGAGCUUGAUUAGUAAUGCCUAGGAAUACAAAUGUGAACGCUUUGUAAUUUGUGAAACGAGAUCUAUGUAAAGAGUUUAUGAUUUUAUGCAAUUCAUCAUUUCAACUGACUGAACAGUCGCUGAUGCUACGCGUCAGUGUGAAUCAUUUCUCAUAUUUCCCCCCUUUGUGUUUGUAGGUUGAAUGAGGUGAAUGAACCUACAGCAGCAGGGGUCUAUUUUGCUUGUUUUUGCUGAUCUCCAAAUAGCGUUUUAAUUGUAUAGAAAUGCAGUAAAAAAAUUAAGAAUCCUUAUGGACCUCCCUAAAACCCUGGUUACGGCCCUGAUGGUAGUCCUUCUGUCCUGUAGCUCCUACAGGCUGGGUCCGACACCAGGUGCGCACCUCCAACAAGAGGUAACGGCACCACGCUGCGACCUUGGACCAACCGUAUAGGUCAGAGAUGACCCUAUAGCCCAGGUGUGAGGAGACUCUACUGGACGCCAGCGUUCCAGAGCACUGCUGGGUGGGGGAGGGACCCCCAGGGGAUGGCAACCCAGCGCCCUGCUGCUUACCGACAGAGCACAAAGUGAUGUGCGGCCAUCCUUUAUUACCAUGGCAACAGGGCUGUCAUGCCAACUGCUGA